CAAAGCUUGUAGCCAAAAACGGAGAAUGUCUGUCUGCUACGGUCUGCUAGACGUCUGAGAACGCCGGCAACGCCGGUUCUGUAGCAGAAUGAUGUUGCUGUAGACAGCACCGACCUUUCGUUCUUACAAUAUGCAGAGCUUCGUCGCACUUGCCGCCGCGAUGAAGGUUGCGCGUCCUCUGGCCAACGUCUCGACGUCGGCGCGGCGGCACCUGUGCAGCAAGAGUGACCACCAGAGACUGAUCGUGUGCGAGCAGCUGGCCAGCUCGCGCAAGCUGGUGCGACUUCGCGGUUCCGAGAGCCUCUCCUUCUUGCAGGGCCUGGUCACCAACGACACGCGUCACCUGAGUGCGACGGAAGGAGCGGCUGGCGGCAAGCCCCGCCGUUGCAUGUACGCGCUCAUGCUGAACAGCGUCGGGCGCGUCCUCUACGACCUGAUCGUCUACCGACCGGGGACCGGCGAAGACGAAGUGCUCGUCGAGUGCGACGCCGACGCCCGCCAGGGCUUGCUGCGACUCCUCCGGCUCUACCUGUUGCGCAAGCCCAUCGAGAUCGGGCCGUGCGACGACCUGGACGUUUGGGCCGUCUUCCACCCGUUCUGCGGCGCCGUAGACGAGCCGCCACCGCCGCCGUCUAGCGAUAACUGGCCGGACACAACGAAGGGCCGCUGCGUCGUCCGCGAUCCGAGGCUCAACCUGCUGGGGUCGCGAGUGCUGGCGGACGCCGGAGAGGACCUGACGAGCGCCGACCCGACCUUGGUGCGCGCUGCCGAAGGCAAGGAACCGAGCUACGCGCACCUCCGCAUGCAGCUGGGCGUGGGCGAAGGGCUUCGCGAGCUUCCACCGGCGGCCUGCUUUCCCUUGGAGUGCAACGCGGACUACUUGGGUGGCGUGAGCUUCCACAAGGGCUGCUACGUGGGCCAGGAGCUCACGGCGCGAACCCACCACACGGGCGUGGUGCGCAAGCGGCUCAUGCCGGUCGUGAUGCUGCACGAACCGAGCGUGCCGCUGCCGCCCGACGCGGUCGUGCGGGACGCUGCCGGCGCGACGCUGGGCAAGCUUCGCGCGCACCGGGGCCCGCUGGGACUGGCGCUGCUGCGCGUCCACGAGGCCCUGGCCGCCGACACGCUUCAUGUGGAGGGCGUGCCACUGAGCGUCGCCAAGCCCGGGUGGUGGCCGCGCCAGGCCGGCCGCUGCACUGGCGACGGACAGGCGACCACGUAGACCUCUAGCUACGCCGGCCCGAACCUCGUGCCCCCGUUUGUGCCAGUGUAAAUGCGUGUUCCUAGUCCUUCAGAAGUGCAGAGACCGCUAUAGCGUCCCGUUUGCCCCUUUGUGGAGUCUUCUAUUGUACCUCAAGCAUGGGGUGAUGCAACCCAGUAGCCCACACACGCACCUUACAGACUAGCAGUGUACUCGCAGUCACGCUGCAUCAUCUGUUGAUCAAGGAGUAUGCAGUGCCCGUAUUUGUUGGGCACAACCCGACACGGCUUUCCCGUUGUAGUUAUUCUCUGUCGUGUAAUUUCCAAACACCGGCUGUACACUUCUCUUCUGAAUGGUUUCGGGUACUACCAUGCAACUCACAAUUUCAACAGAACUCCAAUGCCGCUGGCGCAACUCGAUGUGUCUGUGGAAACUUGACGAAUGGGAAACAUGCACAGUGCAUAUUCUGCCGCAAUUGCAAUCAUAUCCCAUUUAGUUUCUUACAGCACUGCCCUGGGCUUUGUAUCAGACCAUAUGCUUCCAGGGACAAUGCCAAAACUCGGAUUUUCCACCUCAAACCAAGCCAUUGCAGGCUACAAGCUUGGUAGCGUCAUAAAAAUCUUUGAAUUUGGACACCUCGGGAAGUGACCUUCAACAUGCAGGGCUUACCUGAGCAUGAACAUGUCAAAAUAUAUAUCCGCUGUGGUGGCAUAGUCGCUUUGGCAUUGAGCUGCUAAGCCCAAAGGCACGGGAUCAAAACCUGGCUGCGGCGGCUGCAUUUCAAUGGAAACAAAAUGGAAAGACGCCCAUGUACCAUGCAUUGGGUGCACGUUAAAGAACCCCAGGUGGUCAAAAUUAAUCCGGAGUCCCCCACUACGGCGUGGCUCAUAAUCAUAUCGUGGUUUUGGGAAAUAAAACCCCAGAAUUUAAUUUAAUGUCCAACUA